UUACCUCUUUUUGAAAAUCAGUUAGAUAUUGUCCUCAGUCAAUAACAUUCCACAAGUUUUAAAACAUUUGGUUUAAGAAAUUAUUUUGAACAAUUUGAUUAAUCGUUCAUUUCUCUUAUAUUCUGGAAGUGCUUUUAAUGAUUUUAUAUUUUUAUGUUUUCUUUUUGUUCACUUCUGUAGUGUUUUUGUUAGAUCUUAUACUUGUUUUAAUUUAAAUAUGUCCUUAUAUGUCAGCAGGAGAGGUUUCAGUCAAGAUUGGUCAAACUACGGGAACAUCAUAACAAUUGCUCCAAGCGCUUCAAUAGAGCAGAAAUUAAAAAAACCAACACAACAAAAAAGACUGCCAUACUUGAGGAUUGCGUUGUAUUCCAGUCAUCUGAUGCACCCUGUGCUAUGUGUACCUCUGUAAAGGCAUCACCACCCUCUCGCCCUUCUCCACUCCCCUCAUCAUCAUCAUCAUCAGCUGCCCCUGUGAUGGGCACAUCAUCUUCAUCCUCCCCAUCAUCACCUGCCCCUUUACCCUGUGAUGCAUCCACUUCUGUGAUCUCUCAUCACAGGUGUCCCAGACACUCUCAAUAAGGGAGAUGCACUUAAGGCCAUCAAGAAAAAGACAGUAUUCUGGAAGUGCCUUCAGUGAUUCAGACCUCUCGGACUACAGUGAUGUAGACUAUGUGCCCCAGAUCAGCUCAGAUGAAUCAGAUGGCAGUGCUUCUGGACAGGACAAUGCAGAGAGCAGUACAGAUGGCAGUUGUAAGGCAGGUAGUUCAUCUGGAAAAUGCAUGCCAUCACUGUCAUCAAAAAGGAUAAAAGGCCAAACUAAAGAGACAGACGCCUCACCUGACAAAAGGACAUUUGUUCAGGCAAUGCCAUCACCGAAGAAGAACCGCAAAUCAUAUAAAAAAAAACAGUAUUGCAUUUAUUGCUCUAAGCCAUAUUCAAAAUUGGCAAGACAUCUUGAGUUUGUCCAUCGCAAUGAGGUGGAGGUUGCAAAGGCUGUAGCAUUUCCAAAACAUUCGAAACAACGGCGAAUCCAGUUAAAUCUUCUUCGAAAAAGGGGAAACUUUGCCCACAACACAUCUGUGGUGAGAAAAGGACACGGGGAGAUGGUUGCCUGUUACCGUCCUAAAAAGAGCAAAAAUGCCACAGAAUUUAUUCACUGUAUUUACUGUCAGGGGCUUUACAACAAGCACAGUCUUUGGAAACAUGUUAAAAACUGUCCGCUGAAACCUCAAGAAGAUGCUCCACAGGGCAGAAAAAGAGUUCGAGCUCUUUGUGCUCUGAAAACACCAGUCGGCUUUGAGGUUAGCAAUGGUUUUAAGAAAAUUCUUUCUGUGAUGAACUACGAUGAAGUUUCACGCACUAUUCACAGUGACACAAGCGUCAUGCAGCUGGGAGAGCACAUGUUCAACAGGAUGAGAUCUGAUGUGACCAAACAUGACUACAUCAGACAGAAGAUCAGAGAGGUUGGUAGACUUCUUCUUGAAGCAAGAAAUACUACGCCAAUGAGAACCAUGGUGGACUUCAUAAUACCAGCAAACUUUAAACAUGUGAUAACAGCUGUGAAAGCUGUUUCUGGCUUUGACGAAGAGACAAACACCUACCGCAUUCCUUCCUUAGCUCUAAAACUGGGACACUCUUUGAGCAAGAUAUGCAGCAUUGUCGAGAGUAAUGCCAUGAUCUAUGGUGAUCAUGAGCGAGCAGAGUGUGCGAGAAACUUUCGAAAAGUACACCAAGCAAGGUGGAAUGAGUACAUCUCUGCUGGUGCUUUAACCACACUGAAAGAAGCCAAGUGGAAUGCACCACAGAUCAUUCCUUUUACCCAGGAUGUCAAAGUCCUGUACACACAUCUUGAAAAGACACAAGGAAUUACUAAAUAA